AUAAAAAUGAAUUCUGAUUCUAGCUCAAUGUCCAGCAGAGCCUCAUCCCCAGAUAUGGAUGACAUGUAUCUCAGAGGCCACCACCAUCAUCGUCACCACCAUCAUCAUCACCAGGACAGCAGACUGAACUCUGUAUCUUCUACCCAGAAUGACAUCAUGCAGAAGAUGUCAGAUGAAGUCCUCACAAGGCACAGUUCUAAAGAUGAAGGGGAAAACAGCAAAUAUAAAAUUAAGAAGCAACUGUCCGAGAAAGACCUGCAGCAUCUGAGGCUGAAAAUCAAUGGCAGGGAGCGCAAAAGGAUGCAUGACCUGAACCUUGCCAUGGACGGCCUGAGGGAAGUCAUGCCCUAUGCUCAUGGGCCAUCCGUAAGAAAACUUUCCAAAAUUGCAACUCUUCUGCUUGCAAGAAACUAUAUCUUGAUGCUCACAAGUUCACUGGAGGAAAUGAAGCGGCUAGUGGGUGAGAUCUAUGGGGGCCAUCACUCUGCAUUUCACUGUGGGACUGUGGGACAUUCUGCCACACACCCAGUUCACCCACCCGUCCAUCAGAUGCAUCCCAUCCUGGGCAGUGCAUUGUCUUCUAUUAACACAUCUGGCCUUUCUGGAUCAUUACCAGGAAUUGGUAGUAUUAGACCUGCACAUUCACUGCUCAAAAGUACACCGACCCCUCCACUGCCACUUGGCAGCAGUUUUCAACAUUGGGCAGGCCUUCCUUGUCCUUGUACUAUCUGUCAGAUGCCACCACCACAUCAGCUGUCCACUCUACCAAACAGUCUCAACAGGAUUGCAUCAGAAACUAAGGACUUGCUAAAAUAA